UUAUCUCCAGAGCUGUCAAGCCACCACGUUAUAACACAGGGCAUUGAACCGCCUCUUGAAACACCAGCUGCAUGGAUGAGUGAACAUCUAAGCUAUCCAGACAAUUUUUUACACAUAUGUCUUGUACCCAGAACAGAGAACGAGAGCUAG